AUGUCAUGGAAAGAGCAGGGGUUGUUAAUGUUUUGUACACUCAGUGUAUUUUUAUUUCUAUUUUCAUAAUAUACAUGAGGUGAGAUAAUAUUUCCACCUCUGAAUAAGUCUGACGCGUGAACCUCUUUGGUGUGGCGCGUCCCUCAUUAACGAAACGCUUUUUUGUCCCCAAUCGCAUAACGUACUGUAGGGUGUAGCAACGUGCAAACUUCACAACAGAUAACAGACCUCGGCCACUGCGUGAUCAUCAUUAUCUGAAGUUAUAAUAAUACAUUUUCCGGACAGAAUUUUCACAACUACAGGCAAGUAUAAUGGCCCAGACCGACAUGGAUUCCGGGGAGGAUGGAGGCGGCGGCGGGGAGCCCGAGGUGAUCGCUAAAGCCAGUGUCUUGGGAGGUUUUACCGAGAGCACUGAGAUUCGAGCCCUGAUCUCCAGCCUACCAGUGGUUCACGAGAACAUCGUGACAUUGGAGUCAGCCAUAGAGAGGUUCCUCGUGAUAAUGGACCGUUAUCAGGAGCAGCCCCAUCUUCUGGAUCCACAUCUGGAGUGGAUGUUGAACCUGCUGUUGGAGCUCAUCAGGAGUGAACAGUCUCCUCCUCUACUGGUACACAUGGGCUUCAAAUUCCUCUACAUCAUCUCCAAGGUGAGAGGGUAUAAGAUCUUCAUGCAGCUCUUCCCCCAUGAGGUGGCUGACGUCCAGCCAGUCCUGGACCUCCUGUGUCGACAGGACCCCAGAGACCCAGAGACCUGGGAGACCCGCUACAUGCUGCUGCUGUGGCUGUCCAUGACCUGUCUGAUACCCUUUGACCUCUCCCGUCUUGACGGUCACCUGAACUCUGACCCCAGCCAGACAAGAGAGCCAAUCAUGGACCGCAUCCUGGCUGUCGCCAAGUCUUACCUGAUGGUCACUGAUAAGUCCAGGGAUGCUGCAUCUGUGUUGGUAUCAAAGUUUGUGACACGUCCUGAUGUGAAGCUGAAGCGACUAGGAGACUUCCUGGACUGGAGUCUGACCACCAUCUCUCAGGCCAGUGACCAGACCAUGGGAGGUACUGUAAUCCUGGACGGGGCCCUGCAGUCUCUGGCCCAGCUAUUCAAGCAUGGCAAGAGAGAUGACUUUCUCCAGUACGCUCCGGUGGUGCUGCAGUGUCUGGACCAGUGUCACGUGGCAGAGAGCAGCCAGGCUAUGCUGAGGAAGCUGGGGGUCAAGCUGAUACAGAGACUGGGCCUGACCUUCCUCAAGCCCCGACUGGCCAAGUGGAGGUACCAGAGAGGGAGUCGCUCCCUGGCAGCCAACCUGUCUCUGUCCCAGUCUGGCUCCACAGUCGAGGCUGUUAGUCCAGACAUGGAGACCCAGAGCCAGGAGGAGGACUAUGAUAUCCCAGAGGAGGUGGAGAACGUCAUCGAACAACUGUUGGGUGGGCUGAAAGACAAGGAGACCAUCGUGCGCUGGUCUGCUGCUAAGGGUAUUGGGAGGGUGACAGGGCGACUCCCCAGGGAGCUGGCUGACGAGGUGGUUGGAUCUGUGUUGGACUGCUUCAGUUUCCAGGAGACAGACAACGCCUGGCAUGGAGGCUGCUUGGCCCUGGCAGAGCUGGGGAGAAGAGGCCUGCUGGUGCCCUCUCGUCUCCCGGACGUGGUGCCUCUGAUCCUGAAGGCCUUGGUCUAUGAUGAAAAGAGAGGAGCGUGUAGCGUUGGUUCUAACGUACGAGAUGCAGCCUGCUACGUCUGCUGGGCCUUUGCCAGGGCCUACGAACCCACCGAGCUGAAGCCCUUCGUCACGCAGAUCGCCUGUGCUCUGGUGAUCACUGCUGUGUUCGACCGAAACGUCAACUGUCGUAGAGCUGCAUCAGCUGCCUUCCAGGAGAAUGUGGGAAGACAGGGCACGUUCCCCUACGGUAUCGACAUCGUAGUAGCAGCUGACUACUUUGCUGUUGGGAACCUGAACAACUGUUACCUGUCCAUCAGUGUUUACAUCGCCAGUUUCCCAGAAUACACCAGGCCCAUGAUCGACCACUUGGUAGCCAUGAAGAUCAACCACUGGGACGGGGUGAUUCGACAGCUAGCGACAAAGGCUUUGCAUAAUCUGACGCCUCAAGCACCUGAUUAUAUGGCCACAACAGUUAUGCCUCAGCUGCUGCCCAUAGCGCUGGGCAUUGAUCUCCACAGUCGCCAUGGCGCCAUUCUGGCAUCUGCCGAGAUCAGCCACGCCCUCUACAAGCUGGCCAAUCAGAACAACAGACCGGUGACAGAGCUCAUCUCUUCAGACUGUGUGGAUGGACUCAAGAGCAUUCACCAGAGGCUGUUUGACCGAAAGCAGUACAGGGGUUUUGGUGGUGAGCUGAUGAGGCCUGCAGUCUGUUCUCUCAUUGAGAACAUGUCCAUCUCCAAGAUGCCGUUCAAGGACGACCCCGUCAUCACUGGCUGGCAGUGGCUGAUAGACGACACCUUGAAGAGCCUCCACCUCAUCUCACCUGGACCGAGGGACGGUAUCAAGGAGGCAGCGGUGUCAGCCCUGGCAGCUCUGUGUGAGCAGUACUACCAGCCCCAGCCAGGCAUGGCUGACCCCCAGAUGCAGGAGGUCCUGGUGUCCCAGUAUAUAGCAGGGUUAAAGAGUACAGAGGUAUUGACCCGAUGUGGCAGUGCACUGGCCCUGGGUUCUCUACCAAGGUUCAUGAUCCAUGGAAAACUACACCAGAUCCUGUCAGGUCUUCAGCAGAGCUGUAGUCAGAGGGAGGUGUGCUUCACAGAGGCCAGGAGAGAUGCUGCCAAGGCCAUGGCACAGGUGUGUGUGACAGCGGGGGUAUCAGCCCAGGGUGGUUCUGAUUCUGUGGUGUGUGAGGGGAAUGUGUCAGCUGUCUACAGAGCUCUGCUGGACUGUAUGACUGACUACACACUGGACAGCAGAGGAGACGUAGGAGCCUGGGUGAGAGAGGCAGCCAUGACCAGCCUGAUGGAGGUGACUCUGUGUGUGGUGGGCACCGCUCCACAACUACUCUCACCAGGCCUGGUGAAUGGUAUGAUGUGUAGCUUGGCCCAGCAGUCAGCAGAGAAGAUCGACCGCUACAGAGCCCAUGCUGGAUCAGUGUUCGUCAGGCUCCUCCAUAGUAACAACCCUGCAGUACCUCACAUCCCCCACCGAGAGGAGCUGCUCGCCAUCUUCCCUACUGAAGGGGCAGAGAGUCUGAACUGGAACGCUCCGUCUCAGGCCUUCCCCCACAUCACCCAGCUGCUCAGACUGCCCCAAUACCAGUACCACACACUGCUGGGGUUGACCGUGUCUGUAGGAGGACUGACUGAGUCUACGGUACGUGUCUGUAGCCCUGUGUCUGUAGCCCUGUGUCUGUAGCCCUGUGUCUGUAGCCCUGUGUCUGUAGCCCUGUGUCUGUAGCCCUGUGUCUGUAGCCCUGUGUCUGUAGCUCUGUGUCUGUAGCUCUGUGUCUGUAGCUCUGUGUCUGUAGCUCUGUGUCUGUAGCUCUGUGUCUGUAGCUCUGUGUCUGUAGCCAUGUGUCUGUAUCUCUGUGCCUGUAGCCCUCUGUCUGUAGCCAUGUGUCUGUAGCAGUGGAGACUCCUCAGAGUGAAUUUCAUAAAAAUGCAAAUUGUGAAAUAUAAAAGUUAUCCUUUUCCACAUGCCACCAAAUAAUGGAUUAAAACUGUUUUGCAAUGAAGGUCUACAGUAGUACCAUGGUGUACCCGGAAUCUAGUCGUGAAAGCGUAAGCUACAGCUAGCUAGCACUGCAGUGCAUAACAUGAUGAAUCUAGUCGUGAAAGCGUAAGCUACAGCUAGUUAGCACUGCAGUGCAUAACAUGAUGAAUCUAGUCGUGAAAGCGUAAGCUACAGCUAGCUAGCACUGCAGUGCAUAACAUGAUGAAUCUAGUCGUGAAAGCGUAAGCUACAGCUAGCUAGCACUGCAGUGCAUAACAUGAUGAAUCUAGUCGUGAAAGCGUAAGCUACAGCUAGCUAGCACUGCAGUGCAUAACAUGAUGAAUCUAGUCGUGAAAGCGUAAGCUACAGCUAGCUAGCACUGCAGUGCAUAACAUGAUGA